CUUUGUUUACAACAUCCGCGUUAUCAAAACCCAAUUUUGAUAGACGAGAACAAUUUAGUUCCGACCACCAAAAUAUUUUUCAACCCUUUCUUCCAUUAUAUAAAACUCCUAAACCUGUGACAAGAUAUUAUGAUCUUGUUAUAUCUCGAACAGAGUUAGCCCCGGAUGGACUUUUGACAGAAGUUUUUGCCGUAAAUAAGCAAUAUCCCGCUCCUAUAAUUCAUGCAAACAAAGGCGAUAGAAUUGUUGCCAAGGUGACGAAUCAUCUUGGUAAAAGUGAACCAACAGCAAUGCAUUGGCAUGGCAUGUUCCAGAGGGGAACAAAUUGGUUCGACGGGGUUGUAGGAAUGACGCAAUGUCCCAUUCCUGAUGACGUGUCAUUUGUAUACGAUUUUUCGACUGGUAAACAAGCCGGCACCUUUUGGUAUCAUGCACAUACACGAGCACAAUUUGCGGAAGGAAUUCGAGGUCCAUUAAUCAUUCACGACCCCGAUGAUCCUUACCGUGAAAAAUACGAUCUAGAAUACGCCGUAACACUUUCGGAUUGGUACCAUGAUGCAAUUGCAGAAUUGUUGGAGAUUAGGAGUAGACCAUAUUAUGGUGGUUUUAAUGUAAAAAAUCUAUCUUUUCUUCAUGUAUUUUUAAAAAAAAUUUUCAAAAUUUUAAAAUUUGGUCGUUAUAAUUGUUCUGCUGCUCCAGAGGGAAGCAAGUGCCGAAAAGACAAUCCAUUGGCGGUAUACAAAUUUGAAUCCGGUAAAAAAUAUAGGCUUCGUAUUAUCAAUACAAGCGCAUUGGUUCACUUCAUUUUCUCGAUCGAUUCCCAUCCGCUCACGAUUAUCGAGGCAGAUGGAUCAUACACAAAGCCAUACACGGUCAACAGAUUGCCUAUUGGUAUUGGCCAACGAUAUUCUGUUAUCGUUAAAGCCGAUCAAAAAGUUGAUAAUUAUUGGAUUCGAGCAACGAUUGAUAGUAGAUGUAUAUUAUCGAAUAAUGAAACGAUCAAUUUCGAUUCGGCUAUAAAUUAUAACGUUACAGGAAUUUUAAGAUAUUUCGGAGCAGAAAAAAUCGAUCCAACGACCUCCGCGUUUACUGAUGAACUUCCAACUUGUCUUGGUGUUCCCCAAAGUGCUUUGAAAUUAUUACGGCCUGAAAAAGUUCCUGAACCUGUUACGGAUAAUAUUUUGUUUAACAUCACGAUUCGCCCAGACGAACGUAAUGUUACGCUUGCCUUUGUUAAUAAUUCUUCAUUCGUUGGGGAUUUAUAUAAUCCGACACUAAAGCAAUUGGCGAUGCAUAAGAUAAAAUCGGUAAAUGAACUCCCUCGUAAACGAAAUGCUUAUGCCUUGGAAAACCCUGAUGGAGUCGUUGACAUUACAAUCUUAAAUGCAAAUGGCGGGAUUCAUCCGUUCCAUUUACACGGACACAAUUUUUAUGUGCUUGGUACUGGACCAGGGUUGGUAGUCGACAAAUCUCAACUAAAUUUAGUGGAUCCAUUUCCCCGUGACGUAUUCGUAGUGAAUGGAACCAGCUGGGCCGUAUUUCGUUUCAAAACUAAUAAUGCCGGUGUCUGGUCUUUCCAUUGUCACAUCGAGUUUCAUGUUGAAAUGGGAAUGACCGCUCAAUUAGUAGAGUUACCAAAGGAAAUAUCAAAACUAAAGUUACCGCAAGCCACUCUUGAUCUGUGUAAAAAAUACUCAUCAUUCAAGUCGUCCUUCCCACAAAAAUGA